UAACCGCUGAAACCAGGCCUCGCCAAUGCGGAUCGUCAAGGUGCCGUUCCAGUCGGUCUGAGAUUUCCACGGCGAGCGGUUUGCAUUUCUCCGGUUUUCGGUUCUACAAUCUUGAAAUCUUAUAGACCUGCCAGCAACAUGUUGUGUGCGAUUUAGUUGGCCCUCAGCCAGUCCUUCGAAAGCAGCAGCAGGAAACCACGAGAGCCGGAAGUUGGGAAAUGUUUGCCAGCGCCUCCGAGCCAGCCCAAGAAUCGUUUGCCCGCAAUGGCAAUCCCGCCCAGGAACUCGCAGAUGCCGCUGAAAUCAAGAACCUGAAGAACAAUAACCAAAGCGAGAACAGAAGCCCCAGUCUCGGAGGAGGAGAAGGAGGUGGCUCACCGCUUCAAGAAAUCGAUGAGCAUUACGUCUGCGACAUUGCCAUGAUGCGAAUCGGCGGGGAGGAGGGUCUCCCGGUGACACACAAAGCUCCGGUGCACGAGGAUGAUUCACCAUCAUCGCAGGCCCACAAUGACAGUACAAACAAUGAGAACGACGUGGAGAUCGACCGCCAGGAGGAGGAGCAGGCGGUCAGCGAUCUGGUGCGAUCGAGCAGUGCCGGUGCCCUCAUGGAGGCGGACAGCAAAAAUGGCGGCAGCAUGCGAGUGGUCUUUGGCAUCCUGGUGCGACUGGUUCUUCCACUGGCCAACGGCGUGGCCAGGGGCAUCAAGGGCAUCCGAGAUGUCCGGGUGCUGCGGGUUCUGCAGAACCUGGCCUCCAGCCGUCAGGCCCUCACCAACCUGGUGGCCUUUGCCGCCAACACUAUAUCACUGAAUCUGUCAUCGGUUCAGGUUUCCAACCGCAUGGGACCUCUGCUGAAGCUCCUGAAAAUGCGCAAAUCGCAGGACGGCCUUGAGAGUCUUCCCGACACCCUGUCGGCCCCCUCCACGCCCUGCACCCCCUGUCCAACCACCAACCCGAUGCAGGGUCCGCCCUUCUACACCGUGCGCCCGGAGGCGCCCAGCUGCUGCACCAUCAACAUCCUGGCCGAACCACCACCGGGUCAACCGAUCCGAGCAGACAUUGUUUUGAUCCAUGGUCUUCAUGGAUCCCUGGUGAACACCUGGAAGCAGGGACUCUGGCAGAACGACCGCCAGCCGGUGGAGUUCGAGAGGCCACCUCGUCCACCAGUGCGUCCGCCGAAGAGACCCCGUCACUCCCGCAGUGCGGCCAUUCAUCCGGCUCCGCGGGAGAAGAGGGCCAAGUUUGCUUCCCUGAACAGGUGUCUGGACACCCCAGAUGAUUCCCCAGUGCGCCAGAGGACUCGCCUGCAGAGGUCCAUGGCAAUGAGGCCGGAGAACUUCCAGUACAAUGCUUCCGAUAGCGAUGACAGCGAUUAUGCCUAUGUUUGUGGGGAACCGGACGACAUCCAGAUCUGCGAGGGAAUCGAGUACAGUUUUCCCACUUUUCGGCUGAGGAUGCAGGACAAUAGCAGACUGCUGCAGGCUGAACUGGAGUCCAUGCUGCAGGCCAAUGAUGGCAAUGAGGAGGAGGCAAGCGCUGGGAAGGAUAGCCGCCCACGUCCCACAUCCCCGGCCACGCCCAGGAAGUCUCCCCGGAAGAGCAAGCCCUCGCCCAAUGAUCCCAACUACUCCAAGUGUUGGCCCGGCGAUUGGCUGCCUCUGGAUUGCCCUGGAGUCCGGGUUAUAGCCCUCAAUUAUACAACCGACCAGUACCUGUGGAGGCCUCUAUGGAAGAGCAAGGAGCCGCGCUCCAGCUUGAUCCAACGCUCCCGGGAAAUGGCCGAGCUGCUCAUCCAGCACCGCGUGGGCCAUGGUCAUCCUAUUAUUUAUGUGGGCCACUCCAAGGGUGGGCUCUUCAUCAAGCAACUCAUGGUGGAUGCCUGGGAAAGUGGUCGUCCUGCGAUGACCCCUCUCUGGAGAUCCGCCCGGGGAUGCUUCUUCUACUCGGUUCCCCAUCGGGGAUCCCACUUGGCCAGCAUCAAGGCGCCAUUGCUAUCCAGAUCGGUGGAGCUACUUGAGAUUGAGAAAAAUAACAAGUACCUGCUGGACCUGCAUAGGAGAUUCGCGGGACUUUAUCACCUGGGUCACCUAAAGAUCGAGGUGUUUAGCUUUGUGGAGACCGCCUUGACGCUCAUGUCAGUGCUCUAUCUACGCAUUGUGGGAGUGGACUCAGCUGAUCCCGGAAUUGGCGACGUCUGCGGCAUUCGUCUCGACCAUCGAGAGAUCUGCAAACCCCGUGGACGGGAUUGCAUUCUGUACAAAGAGCUGGUGAAAAUGAUUGAGAAGGUGUGCUGAGCGUUCGUCUGAAGGGUAGGACCUGAUCUGUUUGGAACCGAAAUGUGAAUAGAACCGACAACUCUGAGGUGUCAUGAUAAUUACGCGUACCUAAAUACGAUGCCCCAGCCCAACUGGGGCGUGCUUAAAGUUAGAGCAUCGCUUGUCGAUUGAAUAGUGCAUAGCAUAGUGGUUUUCAUAAACUCCAAUUCGCCUAUCCAUAGCUCAAGUUAGUUGUACAUGCAUUAUGUGUUGCCUCUAGUUUAAGCCUCAAGAGCGAGCAGUUGAAAAUGCUUAGGCCAUCGGGCGUCAGUGAUAAUUUUGCAAUUUUUGUGAUCGAUUGUGAUCAUGUUCUUAGCACUUUGUUGUGAUGAUCCCCCAAACACCCGUGAAUACGUUAUUGAUAUUGUACCAUAGGAAUACCUUUUAUAUUUAGAGUUCGCUAGUACCAUAGAUUUCGUUAUCUGAACACCGAAACCCACACCGCUGUAAAAUGUUACCAACGAAGACAAAAUUUGUGCAUACAUUAUUUCCAGAAAAUAUUCAAUCGAUGUUUUAUACUUAGCUACUAAGAAUUGAAUUACUACAAUUAAUAAAAAAUUAUAUUUUACAAA